AUGGCCUCGGAACGGCCAUCCAUGGACCGGGCACGCCCAUCCUACAGUCGCUUCAUAGAAGGGUCCAUGAACGAUCGCGCCUCAGCCGCGCCGCCCAUACAAUACAUCGAGCCAGGACAGCUUGCCGCGUUCGAGAGACAGUUCUAUGCGGAACGAAAGACGCGCAGUAAUGGGAAGCAUGGCCCGCGGCCGUUAUCGGCCUCGGCGCAGCUGCAGGGCAACGCGCAGGCUUUGGCGUCGUUGCAGGGCCAAUCCGACGGCGAGCAACCACAGUUGAAGCCUAAGAGGACUUCAGGCUUGUUGGGCCGCUUACGGGAUGCCUUUGGAUUUGGAUCUCGCACCACGAGCAAGGUGCAGAACGAGAUGGCCAACCGCGCCAGUCUGCAACAGCCGCCGCCAUUGUCACCCUCACCGCAACGCCGAUACCGCGUGCGGAUGUCGCAGUCGCAGUCACAGCAGAUGCAUAACCCCCAACUGCCCAUCUCAACGCAACGCACCAACGUCAACGGCCAUAUUGACCGACCGUCUCGAGACGAGGUACUGCAGAGCUAUAAUCAGCUGAUGGCGACGGGCUUCUUCCAAAAUCACGCCAUCCAAUCCACUCGACAGCCACCCCCAGGCGCAAGAUCACCCCAACGUAGCGCCCCUAUGCCGAUUAUUACCUCUUCCGCGCGCUCCUCCACCGACGCGGCACCCUCGUCCCCCUGUUCCUCCCGACCCAGCUUCAGCGCCGUACCGCGGUAUCCCGAUUCCCCGCGCCGAAAAGCUGCCGCCUACGCCCGCCGCGCCGCCAAUACCUUCAUGGGACCCGCCUCGGCCCCAAGCGCUUUCGCCUACGCCCCGCCGCCGCGAUCGGCGGCAGAACGAGGAAGCGAAACGCCCAGCAUCUCGAGCCAAGGUAGCUCGCGCUACAUGUUCCGCAGCCGCAAGCGUGCGCGCGUCGAUUCGGACGAUAACACCUCUGAUUCUGCGUCGCUCACCCAGCUCAGCAAGCGCGUCUCCAAGAAACUGUGCAAGAUGCCCAAUGCUGCGUCUACUCGGUCUCCACGCUCUGCUACCACGACCACCCAAACCCCCGACGGCGUCGUCCGCCUCGUGCCCGCAACGAGCGACGGCAGAGCCAUGCCGCAGAAAAUUGAGAAAGCGGUCAGGCUACGGAGUCCUAGCCCGGCCGCCCCUAGCACCCCCCCUUCGAACAGGAGCAAACUGGGCGUGAGAAUGGGCUUAACCAUGAGCGGCAGCGUGAGCAACCGGCUCCGCAAACCCAUGAGGCACAGCCCUUCGCGCCCCCCUGUCUCGCUACAUGAUCGGUUCAGGCAUGGUCCGUCCGCGUCUAGGAAUGCGAUGGAGAUGAUGGAUAUCGACAGCCGCAGCAAUGGGGAAUAUCAUUAUGGGCACCACCAGCACCACCAGCAGCAGCAGGUGGUGAGGGGAGGAGGAGGAGGAGGCACGGCGCCGGAGCCGUUGAGUGUUGUGCCUGAUGUGAAUAGGGGGAUUCCUUCGGUGCCAAGGAUCCCGGAGCAUUAUAAGCGCUGGAGUCGCGGGAGUGGCGAGAGCGGGGGAUGGGAUGAGAAUGAGAAUGAGAAUGAGAAUCCGGGCGAGGCGAUGGAUUGGCGGUUGGGUGAGGCGUUGUGA